AGCCGUAGAUGAAGUGAGAAGAAAGAAGCACAGACUAAACAAGGACGGCGGAGUUUGGCGUGGAGCGUCGUUGCGAGACGAAACGACCACCACUGGCCGAGGGAAGAAUGCUUGAAAACAAGAGAGAAAGAUUGAAAACCUUCCUCAGGAAGAUAGACGAAAAGGCCAUUGUCCGAAUCAAGCACUUCAUGAAAGAGAGCAACUACCCCGUAGAGAGCAGUGGUGGUGGGCUUCCAGCCAAAGUGAAGAAAAGCAGGAGCAGCUUGAGCAAUGCAAGCAUCAAGAAGGUGGAAACCAGGAAAGCUCUGAGUCUAGAGGCAGCACAACUCGAGAUCCAGCAACAGCACAAAACACUCACCAGACAAGUAGCCAUCAGGUCGCAGACAUUUGAUGUUGAGACCAGAGGCUUUGAAAGGACUGAAGGCUCAGGCCCACAAAGUAGCUUCAUAAAGCACAACAAGACAUUCCACAAGUUGUUUCCAGACAUUCCUGAGAGUGAAGACUUGAUACAUGCAUACCUCUGUGCCCUGCAGAAGGAAGUGCCCUACCAUGGACGGCUCUACAUCACAGACAGACAUGCUUGUUUCUACUCCUCAGUUCUGCUCAAAGACACUAAGGUGGUGCUCCCAGUUUCCUCCAUCCACAUCGUGAAAAAGCAAAACACGGCUUUGCUGGUACCAAAUGCCUUGUCUAUCCGCACCACAGGAGGAGACAAGUACCUCUUUGUGUCUCUGCGGAAUAGAGAGGCAUGUUAUCAGCUGCUGCGUUCGCUCUGUCCUCAGCUGGAGGAUGGCAGCACAAAUAGUAGCCCCGUCUUCUCCUCGGCUGAGAAUAGCUUCGACAAGAGCAAGCUUGUGAACUCCAGCCAGUCCAGUUUAGAUGAGAGCUUAGACCUCUUUGAUGGCUCCGAAUCGCAGUCAUUACAAGACCAACCUGUGCAAAGACAACACAGAGAGACAGUGCCUAAUGGAAAUGGCUCCACUUUCAGGAGCUUGCAUAUGCAGCAGAGUGAUAGCUCAUCUUCAGAAGAUCUGUCAGUAUCAGGUGGAUCUUGGGUAUGGAGCGUGACAGAAAAGGCCCGGUCCCUGCUGGUUCAGAGAGAGGCUAGCACCCUGAACACCCUACUCUUCAUUUACUUGAUUUUGGUUGUGCUGCUGCUGCUGUCUUCAGGCUACAUAGGUUUGCGUAUUGUGGCCUUGGAGGAACAGCUGACAUCUCUGGGUGCACUACCUGAGUUUACUUUACAAAGCGGGUAUCAACAGGACACAUAACCCUUGCUGACGGAAGGAGAGAUUGGUUGACUUGUGACUGGAGGAUUAUUUCGGGCCUCUUCCCAACAGAACCCACCGGGAGAAAUUUCACGUGCUCGGACUGUGAUCCCCAUGUAGCCUGCGUUGUAGGCUGGAGGAAGAGUGGCCAACCUGUGCAAUUUGAGACACCUUGUUAACUUGAAGGGCUAUACUUCCUCCUAGUGCAGUAUACUAAAGGACAUGCCACGAUUUCUGUGACACAGAGCCAAGCCAAAAUGUAUACACCUGCCUGGUUGCAGCGUGUCAGUCAUUGAAACCAAAGCCAAACGGCUCUGAUCUAGCAACGUGCCAUUUCAGAGGCACUUUAUACGAACUGUUUCACAUCUGGAACUUGUGUUAUCCAUUGUCCUACAUACAUUCUUUUCCCUGAGCAUGCAAUCUGAACAGGGCUAUACCAAUCAGCAUUAGCCUGCUGUAGUGUGUAUUAUUGCACCUCAACACCAGGGAUGUAGUGCUAUGCAUUGCCAAAGAUGCACACAGUGCACGUCUUUUGCAUGAGUGCACAGAGAUGACUUUAAAUUCUUUUCUCUCUCAUUUGCCCUUCGAUGUGUCCAUCAUACCUACAGAAUCUUUCUCUUAAAUGGUUCUUAUCUUCUUAAUUAACUAUGGGUUGAAAUGACGACAAGUGAAAUCUCAAAUUCAGAUCAGCUCAUGAAGGCUUGAUACUCUUCCUGAUGGUCCUAUCAUUUCUCUCUUUUUCCAAUCAGCAGUGAUUGCAGUAUUAUUUCCUCGUCUUUGGCAUGAUUUAAACCUGUUUAAUGAUCAAUGCUCAGAGGUGAUUUUUUUUUUUUUUUUUUCCUCCCCUCCAGUCUCAACUGGAUGAAUGCAUCAUCAAUGCACAAGUAUUUAGUACAGUAGGACAGAAGAUACCUCUGUGGUUGUCCACGGUAUCUGUAUGUUUUCAUGUCCAACUUUUCUAUUAACCUUGGUCCUCAAAGGUAGAUUUGAGGUCUGUUAUGUUCAGAUGUCUGUUCAUGUAAUGUCUGACAGGAAAAUUCAACCACCACAUGUUUAAGACCCUGGGCCUCUUGAGGACCAAGUGGCAUUUCCAGAAUCUUCAGGUUAUUUCAAGUAGCACCGAUAAUGUAUUUGUAACAUUCAUGCAUGUGUCUACAAUAUCGACACUUGACUGACACUGUAUAUGCAUUCUCUCAUUUCAGAAGAGAAUUUAAAACCACACUUGCUCUACGGUCUAAGUUUUGGCAGCAAAAAAAAGUGGUCCCAAAAGAAAUUUCAAUAUGCAACUAACUAUUAUGCAUGGCAAAAAUGUAAUUUAUCUUUGUGUGCUGUUUUUAAAUGGAGCUUGAUGUUUGUGGGGAAGAAAUUGUGCUAGGAAAAAAGAAAAAUGUGAGUGAAAGGAAUGGCUCGAGAGAGCGAGCGCACUUUAAAACAAUGUGCUUUGUCUGUCACAAUUUGAAAAAUUAUGUUUGAACUGAAAAGAAAUGGCAAAGCUGGCGUUCUGUGGUAUCUGACGGUGCUAAGACCUUUUUAAAUAGUUUUCACUCAGGGGUGGUGGCCACUACCUUCAGGUGGCUUAGGUUCUAAACUUUAGUCAUUUCAAAGUCUUUUGCUUUUGAUGGGGUCCACACUCUGAACAUCUUGGCAUUAGUAGUUCUCAAAUGUCCAUUUGAGGAAGAGCGUGUCUUUUAAUGGAGAUCACUUGGCUUUAAUAAUUGACAAAUCAGUUAUUCAGCUUUUUGGAAUGCUUGCCUUUUUUCCCACUUAUGACCUGUUUAAAUUGGUAACAUUGCAUAUCAGCGCCACAUCUCAAUGACUCUACAUCAACCUGUAGGUGUGGAUGCUAAAGAGAUUUUGUGAGCUGGCGUUAACUCUUCUGCAUCUGGGUUCAGGGGAGUUCUGUUCAUACCUGCAGCCAAGGUUUUUGUCAACAUACUAUACACAGUACUGUCAGUUCUUACAAUCCCCCAGCAGGGGGCAGCGCACACCCACUGUCCUCCAGAGGACUCAAUGCAAGAUUCUCAAUGAUGAGGACAGUAUAAGUGUGGUUUUGCACUAUUCAAAGUGUUGUAAAUAAUUUUGUAUUGAUUUGUUAAUGUCCUUAAUUCUGCUAUGGUCCUAUAUAUAUUUAUUUGCAUUCUGUGUAAUUCAAAGUAGUCUCUGUGAGAUGGCUUUGCUAUUGUUCAAAAUAAAUCGGAUGUUGAGAAGUAAAUAA